GUGGACGAGUAUCUGGAGACCCCUAUGGAGGCCGACGAUGCCUUCCCCUGUAAGGGCUGUGGUGAGAUCCUUGAAGAAGGAAAAGCUUUCGAACUGGCUGGCAAUCGGUGGCAUCUCGACUGCUUUCGAUGUACCUCUUGCGGUUCCCUCCUCGACUCCGACGCCAAUCUCCUCUUGCUCGGCGACGGCUCUCUCAUCUGCAACAACUGCACAUACAGCUGUACCGCCUGUGGCAACAAAAUCGAAGACCUGGCGAUCCUAACAGGAGACCAGGCGUUCUGCUCAACUUGCUUUCGCUGUCGAAACUGCAAGCGCAAGAUUGAAAACCUGCGCUAUGCCAGAACGUCGCAGGGCAUUUUCUGCAUGGACUGUUAUGAGACCUUAAUGGCCAGGAGAAGAAAGAAAUCCAAAGCCGCGGCAGCGGCCAAAGCCAAGGAGAAAGAACAGGCGCCCACGGUGCCAGAAAAGUCUCUCCCAGCCCUUCCUCCCGGCGUUGUUCCCAACAAUGCCUUUUCAAACGACCGCGUCGACCCCGAUGGGCCCACGGAGCUAUCACCACGGCCGCGUACAGGUCAUAGGCACAAUGAGUCGUCGGCUCGAGGUAAAGCAGACCGCGAGGCUGAUGCCGCCAAAGAUGGACUCAACCCAACCACAUAUCGACGAAAUCGUAACUCGACUAUUACGUCCAACAACGGCGAUGGCGGCGACGGCUUCAUGAUAUCCGUGGCUCUCGAUACGGGUUCAUCGCCAAAUGGAUCACAGAAGCAGUCUGAGAGUACUGGCGAGGUCACGAAGAAGGAUCGUCGGCCGACCAUGUCUGACAAGCGGGUCGAUUCGCAUUCUUCUGCUACUCACAUCGCCUUCAUGGGUGCCGCCGCCGCCGCCGCCGCCGCCGCUUCUUCCGCCGCCUCAUCUCGCCAGCAGUCGGACCACGAAACCUCACAGGCAAAGUCUACUCGCUCUUCUCCGAAAGCAGAACAGGGCCAGGCUAAAGCAUCUGACGAAACCACGAAGAAAAGACGGCCUACUGAGUCUCGGACUGACAGUUUGCAAUCCGUCCCCCAGCUGCAGGAGGGUACUCCUAGCCGGACGGGUACUAGCACCCCACGGAAAGACAGCACAUCUCAAGCUGAACCACGCAAAGCACUGGAUAGCACUCCCGGAUCACGAUCCUCAUACGAUUCCAAGGCACAAGACGAUGGCGAUUCCAGCGUCAAAUUUGGACCCCGCUCGGACAGUGUCAAGAGCAUCCCGCGGAAAGAGGUCGCAGCGGCAUCUACCCGUCCUGCCUUGACUGAUACUUACAUGCAACCCCGAGCAGCCCCUCUUCCUCCAACCACCGCAGCUCCAACGCCACCCAAGGAAGCAGCAUCCAAGAAUUCUCUAGGUGAGCCCGUUUCACCGAAACUUCCCAGGUGGAGCGGCGGCGCAGACUUUACCAUGGAUGAGGAUAUGGCCAGGAUACUUGGUGCCGACGAGGGGGCGUCUUCUAUCCUCAGGCGUGUCUCCAACGCCGUUCGACACGGACGUACGAGCAGCGCUGAAUCUACUCAAAACCCACCAACCCGAGGCACUCACACGAGAAGCAUCAGCGAGACAGCCCGCGGCGCUAUUUCGCCUCGUUGGCCCAAGACCCAAGACGAUUUGAAUGGUCAGGCACAAGAAUCUGGAAGCCCGGUUUCCAUUUCGGUUUCGGCCGCCGAUACCGCUGCCUUGGUCCUCAAGCAGCAACUGCGAUCCUCUGAACAGCGAGUCGCUGAAUUGGAGAAGCAUGUCGGUGUCGAAAAAGAUCUUCUCAAUCUCAACCAGAAGCUUAUUGAGAAGAGGAAGACUGUUUCCGUAUUGGACACUCAGACUGAGAUUAUGAUUCGACAGCUUGAGGUUCUGGCCGGUUAUGUGGAGCGCGCAAAAGACACACAGACCCCUAUUGAUCCUCGCGAGCUAGAGGAAUCCGCCAUCAAGGAAUUCGUCCAAAAACUCGAGCAGGUCAAGAAAACCUUUACCGAAGAGAUUGAACGCCUGGUUGAAGAACGUGACCAGCUUGUUGAGGAGAAGACCCAAGCCGUGACCGACAGAGACCGUGCUCUCAUGGAGUUUGAGCAACUGUCCUCGAAGAAUGCUCAACUUGCGGAUAUGAACAAUGAUCUCACACACCAGAUCCAAGAGCGCUUCAAGUCUCAAAUUACUACGGAUGGCAAGUCUAACGGCUUGGGCAUCUACGGCCAACACAAGGGCACGUCAUCCAUCAAUCUCGACUCGGCUAGCGUCGCAACCGGCACGACUCUUAUUGGCGAUGAGGACCCGACUCUCAUUGUUGAGCACGGACCUACCGUGGUCCAAGUCCGAAAGGGCCAAGUCAAGAAAUUCAACUGGAAGAAGGGAUCCAAGACCAUGGCUCAAAACAUCACCAAGGGCGUGGGACGUGCCGUCGUUGCUUUCCAGAACGAUCGCGAGAGGAUGCAGCAGCAAGGCCUGGCACCUGAUGGUAUUGGACUUCCGUACAACAUGACCGCCGCCCCAGGAGACUCUUCCAACACGCCAACGCCCAACACUCAGGCCGGAAGGCAACACCAACAACAGUUUGGCUUCUUUGGCAAGAAGAAUGCAAAUCCAAAGACUGGACUGGCAGCCCCGUCCAAUAUCGUGGUUGCGCAGGCAGCCCCAGAGCCAGCCUCAAUACUAUUCGGAUCUGAGCUUACAGAUCGAUGCGACUUUGAGCAUCGUCAAAUUCCUAGUGUGGUGACUCGAUGCAUCGAAGAGGUUGAGCUGAGAGGCAUGGACCAGGAAGGUAUUUACCGAAAGACUGGUGGAAAUUCCCAAAUCAAUAUGAUCAAGGAGGGCUUUGACAAGAGCGAAAACUACGAUAUUUCCGACCCUGACUUGGAUAUUACCGCUGUCACGAGUGUCUUGAAGCAGUAUUUCCGAAAGCUGCCGAAUCCACUACUCACUUUUGAUGUCUAUGAGCGAGUGUUGGAGUCCAAUGCUAUUACUGACGAAGCUGAACGCUGCUCUCACCUACACAAAGUCUUCACUUCGAUGCCUCCGGCCCACCGAGACUGUCUGGAGUUCCUCAUGUUCCACCUUCACCGCGUGGCAAUUAGAGAGCCUGAAAACUUGAUGUCGCCUAAAAAUCUGGCCGUCGUGUUUGCGCCAACCAUUAUGCGGGAUCUGAGCAUUGAGCGUGAAAUGACUGAUAUGCACGCAAAGAACCUUGCGGUGCAAUUCGUCAUUGAAAACACGAACCAGAUUUUCCAAGAGGAAUAAGCAUCCUUUGCAUUUAUUUGGCUACAGUCUGGGCAAG